AUGUCCUCUCCCGAAAUCCCCAAGAAGUACAAAGCAGUCAUCUACGACAACCCAGGCUCGAUCAGCACAAAAAUCGUCGAACUCGACACACCCACCCCAGGACCCGGCGAAGUCCUUAUCAACCUCACCCAUUCAGGCGUUUGUCACAGCGACAUGGGCAUCAUGACAAACUCCUGGAAAGCACUCCCUCAUCCCACCCAACCAGGCCAAGUCGGUGGUCACGAGGGCGUAGGCAAAAUCGUUGCCAUGGGUCCUGGCACUGAAAAUGCUGCGGUGAAAGUAGGUCAGAGGGUUGGUGUCAAGUGGAUCAGUGGGAUUUGUGGUGGGUGUCCUGCUUGUUUGAGUGGGCAUGAUGGUGUGUGUUUCAAUCAGAAGGUGUCGGGUUACUAUACGCCAGGUACUUAUCAGCAAUAUGUGCUGGGACCUGCGGAUUACGUUACUCCCAUCCCUGAUGAGCUUGACUCUGCAGCUGCUGCCCCCAUGCUCUGCGCAGGCGUAACAGUCUACUCCGCCUUCCGCAAAUCCACCGCUCAGUCAGGCGAUUUUGUCGUUCUCCUCGGUGCAGGUGGCGGCCUCGGCCACAUUGCCACACAAAUGGGUGCUCGCGGCAUGGGCAUGCGCAUCAUCGGCAUCGACCACGGCAGCAAGAAAGACCUGGUUCUCGAAUCCGGCGCCGAGCACUUCAUCGAUCACACUACCUCCAAAGACGUUGCUGCUGAUGUACAAGCACUGACCGGUGGGCUUGGUGCUCAAGCCGUUUUGGUGUUGACGGCGGCGAAUGGUGCGUAUGCUUCUGGCAUGCAGUUGCUCAAGUUUGGUGGUACGUUGGUUUGUGUGGGGUUGCCUGAGGGUGAGUUGCAGCCUAUUGCUACUUGUUUCCCGCAGGUGAUGGUGGCAAAGGAACAGAGAGUGGUCGGGUCAGCGGUUGGAAACAGGAAGGAGGCUAUCGAGACGCUGGAUUUGGCUGCCAGAGGAAUCAUCAAGACGCAUUUCAGAACUGCAAAGAUGGAGGAUUUGACUGGUAUCUUUGAAGAGAUGGACAAGGGUAAGAUCCAGGGAAGAGUUGUAUUGGACUUGCAGUAG